CACAUUCUCGGGAUUUCUAAAGGAACCUCCUCCUGAAUGUAUUCAGUUUGAGCUCUCUACUAGUUUUGAAACCCAAUGUGCAUGUCGAAAGCACAGUGUGGAAACAUUGUGACUCCUCUUUGAACUUAAAUAAGUCAGCAGAUAAAAAGCUCUAAUGGUAACUGAGACUGGAAAAUUGUGCAAUUGAAUAACUUAAAAUAUACAAAUGUGACACAAAGGUGUUGUUGAAAUAAACUUUUUUACCAAGGGUUUAAAUAAUGUUUUGGCAAAGUUAAAAUUGUUGGUUUAUUUAAUGGAAUUUGCUCAUAGAUUUCCCUCCCACAGUAAGACUUAACACUGCUUUUUUAAUGCCUAUUUGUGGCUAAAUUCUUUGAGACAAGUCACCCACACUAAAGAUUAGUGCUUUAUAAAUUUAAAUAAUGUAUUAAUUAAUGGGGCUUUAUUGAUUAUAAUUCGUGUUUGCUUGAAACCUGACCGACUAUACUUAAUACCACCGAUAGGGGGAGCUGCAACAUGACACUUCACUGAUGAACAGGAUGAUCUCUCAGGUCUUCAUCUUGUCCUCAAAGGGCGACCACCUCAUCUACAAAGACUUCCGCGGAGAAGCAGGAAGUGAUGCUGUCAAUAUUUUCUACGAGAAGGUCACAGCGCUGACUGGAGACCAGCCUCCAGUUGUCAUGAAUCACAAAGAUCUUCACUUCAUCCACGUCAGACAGGGCGGGCUGUACUGGGUCGCCACGACAACAGCCGACUCCUCCCCCUUCACUGUCAUUGAGUUCCUCAACAGACUAACAGCUCUGGUCAAAGAUUACUGCGGCAGCCUGUCUGAGAAGUCUGUGCAGAUGAACUUUGCUCUCAUCUAUGAGCUGCUGGACGAGGUGGUGGACUUUGGUUACAUCCAGACCACAUCUUCUGACGUCCUGAAGAACUUCAUCCAGACUGAGGCGGUCUCCUCUCGACCGUUCAGCCUGUUCGACCUCAGCAACGUCGGCCUGUUUGGAGCAGAGACGCAGCAGAGUAAAGUAGCCCCGAGCUCUGCGGCCACCAGACCAAUCCAGACCAGCAGAGAGCAGGGAGGGAAGAGUGAGAUAUUUGUGGACGUGAUAGAGAGGAUGUCGGUCGUCAUCGGCUCCAACGGAGUGGUGAUGAAGGCCGACAUCGAGGGAGAGAUCAAAGUCAAGUGCUACAUGCCGAGCUGCUCAGAAAUGCGGAUCGGCCUGAAUGAAGAAUUCAGCAUUGGCAAGUCACAGCUCAGAGGUUACGGCUCUUCUGUUCGUGUCGACGAGUGCAGCUUCCACCAGGCGGUCCGACUGGAUGAGUUCGACAGCAACCGGAUCCUCCGCCUGUGUCCCAGUCAGGGAGAGCAAACAGUGAUGCAGUAUCAGCUGAGUGAUAAUCUGCCCUCAGCUCCUCCUUUCAGACUCUUCCCGACAAUCGAGAGAGACAGCGGAGGAAGGCUGCUGAUGUAUCUGAAGGUCCGCUGUGAUCUGCCACCAAAGAGCGCUGCCAUCAACGUGUGUGCGUCUGUCCCUGUCCCUAAAGGCUCUGUGAGUUUGUCUCAAGAGCUCAGCAGCCCAGAUCAGAGUGCCGAGCUGAAGCAGCAGAGUCGCGCUGUUGAGUGGAAGAUCCCCCGCUUCACUGGAGGAACACAACUGUCUGCACUGUUCAAGCUGGAGGUCCCUGGUCUCAGCUCGGCCUCCAUGUUGGAGGUCGGUCCAGUCGGUCUGAGCUUCGAGCUGCCUCAACUCACUGUCACAGGGCUUCAGAUCCGCUUCCUCCGCCUGUCACCCGUCCAGCCCGGCCCGUCGCAGCGCUGGGUCCGCUAUGUCACACACUCUGACUCCUACAUCAUCAGAGUUUAACCCCCAAAAACCUCUGCUUCAAAGUACCCGUCAGUUUUAUGAUGGAGCUGCAGGAAAAUCUGGUUUAUAGACUUUGGGGCCAUUAUACAGUUCAUGUUUUAUCUGUACAUUUCUUUGGCUCCAAUGAGAACAUCUGUUCUGUUUUUGUGUUUGAAUUUAUCUCAGCUCAACAGAUAAUAAUACAAUUACCUUUAUGUGUUUGUGUGUAAAUAAAAUAUGAAGCCAUGUGUUAUCUUUACAUGA